CAUUUGGAGACCGACCUAUUGCUAUUUGUCACAGUAGUAGUAGAACAAGCGUCACCGGUAUAGUAAGAUGGAAUACCAGGGGCAGCAGGGCAACCGCGUGGACCGGUACGGCAACCCGGUGGCCGCACCUGGAGGAGCCACCGCCGUGACGGGGGCACCCGCCGGCGGGCAGCUGCAGCCCGCCAGGGAGGAGCACAAGACCCGCGGCAUACUCCAUCGGUCCAGCAGCUCCAGCUCCAGCUCGUCCGAGGACGAUGGCAUGGGUGGACGGAGGAAGAAGGGCAUCAAGGAGAAGAUCAAGGAGAAGCUUCCCGGGGCUCGCAAGCAGACUUACGGCCAGCCCGCCGCGCCCGCGGGCAUGACCGGCACCGGGGCGACCGGCGGCCCUUACUACGUGCAGCCCGCUCCGGCUGGCACUGGAGCGCACGGGACCACGGCGACGACCGGCCCCUACGGGCAGCCCGCUCCGGCUGGCAUGACCGGCACCGGGGCGCACGGAACCACGGCGACUGGUGAGAAGAAGGGCAUGAAGGACAAGAUCAUGGAGAAACUCCCGGGAGGUCACAAGAACGAGCAGCACACCAUGCCGACCGCCGGCGCCUACGGGCAGCCCGGGAUGACAGGCACCGGGGUGCAUGGGAACACCGCUCCCGGUGGUGGCUACGGCCAGCCAGGGCACGCCGGUAUGACCGGCACUGGAACGCAUGGGAACGUGACGACGGGCGGUGCUUUCGAUCAUCAAGGGCACCCCGGAGUGACCGGCACCGGAGCACACGGGACUACGGCGACCGGCGGUCCUUACAGCCAGCAAGGUCACGCCGGGGUGACAGGCACCGGCGAGAAGAAAGGUAUUAUGGGCAAGAUCAAGGAAAAGCUGCCUGGCCAGCACUAGGCGCCAGUCAGCGUGUUUGUGAACAAUAGGCAUGAGCGGAGGUGGAGCAAUAAGCCGAUAAGUGUGGCACGUUUGUGUGUAGCGUUGGAGUAGUUGGUAUGGUGCAGUACUGUACCGUGCCUAUGUCGAUGUAUGAGCAUGUUGUAAGUUGU